GGCUGUCGUCAUAUGAUUGACGCACGUUGCAGCCACUGACAGGGAGCUAGGCCUGGCAAGGGUGGGCGUGUGCGGCGGCAGAGUCGGCUGGUGAUGGCGGAACGAGGAGGAGGUGGCGGCGGUAGUGGAGGCGCGAGUGGCGGAGCAGGCGGUGGCGGUGAAGGGAACGCCGGGGCAGCGGAGCGGUACAAUAAUGAGAUCAGAAUGGCUCAACAGCAAGCACUGAGAUUUCGUGGCCCAGCUCCUCCACCAAACACUGUCAUGAGAGGCCCACCGCCUCUUAUGCGCCCACCUCCACCUUUUGGUAUGAUGCGAGGGCCGCCACCACCACCCCGGCCUCCUUUUGGACGUCCUCCAUUUGAUCCAAAUAUGCCUCCAAUGCCACCUCCAGGCGGAAUUCCGCCCCCUAUGGGACCUCCACAUCUACAGAGGCCGCCUUUCAUGCCUCCUCCAAUGGGUAAUAUGCCACCACCUCCUGGUAUGAUGUUUCCUCCAGGAAUGCCACCAGUCUCUGCCCCUGGCACACCAACAAUGCCACCUACUGAAGAGAUCUGGGUGGAAAACAAAACUCCAGAUGGAAAGGUUUAUUACUAUAAUGCACGGACACGUGAGUCAGCGUGGACCAAACCUGAUGGAGUGAAAGUUAUUCAGCAGUCUGAACUGACACCAAUUCUGGCUGCUCAAGCCCAAGCUCAGGCCCAAGCUCAAGCUCAAGCUGUAAGUGGUUCCACACCUACUACUAGUAGUCCUGCGUCAGUAUCUCCAUCUCCAUCAUCGAAUAGUCAGUCGUCUACAACUUCUACUACUACCACAACAACAUCUGUUUCUCAAACAGUUUCCACACCUACAACACAAGACCAGACCCCCAGUUCAGCUGUUUCAGUUGCCACACCUUCAGUCAGUGUUUCAACCUCAGCUCCUUCUGCUACACCUGUGCAGACUGUACCCCAGCCAGUCCCACAGACUUUGCCUCCUGCAGUUCCUCACGCAGUACCUCAGCCGACAGCAGCAAUUCCUGCUUUUCCACCAGUAAUGGUUCCUCCAUUUCGUGUUCCCCUUCCUGGCAUGCCUAUUCCACUUCCAGGUGUAGCAAUGAUGCAAAUAGUCAGCUGCCCGUAUGUAAAGACAGUCGCUACCACCAAGACCGGUGUCUUACCAGGAAUGGCUCCUCCUAUUGUACCCAUGAUCCAUCCUCAGGUUGCUAUUGCCGCUUCACCUGCUACAUUGGCUGGAGCAACAGCAGUCUCUGAAUGGACAGAGUACAAAACAGCAGAUGGGAAGACUUAUUACUAUAACAAUAGGACGCUGGAAUCAACCUGGGAGAAGCCUCAGGAACUGAAGGAGAAAGAAAAAGUAGAAGAGAAGAUGAAAGAAAGUAUUAAAGAGCCUGCUGAGGACCCUUUGCCUAUGGAGACGGAAGAGGAGGAGCCCAAAAUUGAACCUAUCAAGGAACUUAUAAAGGAGGAGCCAAAAGAAGAAGAAAUGACUGAAGAAGAAAAGGCAGCUCAGAAAGCAAAGCCUGUGGCUACUACCCCUAUUCCUGGUACUCCAUGGUGUGUGGUGUGGACUGGAGAUGAACGGGUUUUCUUUUACAACCCUACCACUCGUCUGUCCAUGUGGGACCGACCAGAUGACUUAAUAGGAAGAGCAGAUGUGGAUAAAAUUAUUCAAGAGCCUCCUCACAAAAAAGGAAUAGAUGAAGUGAAAAAACAAAGGAUGCUAAUAGAGACCUCUCUUACAGUAAAAGAAGAGCAUGAAAUGCUAGAAGAAACCAAUGAUGAUGAGCCUAUUAAAGCAAAGAAGCGGAAGAAGGAGGAAAACAAAGACAUUGAUUCAGAGAAGGAGGCUGCCAUGGAAGCUGAAAUUAAAGCUGCUCGAGAGAGAGCUAUUGUCCCUCUGGAAGCACGAAUGAAACAGUUCAAGGACAUGCUACUUGAGAGAGGGGUUUCUGCCUUUUCUACUUGGGAGAAGGAGCUACACAAGAUAGUUUUUGAUCCCCGAUACUUGCUUCUUAACCCUAAAGAAAGGAAACAGGUAUUUGAUCAGUAUGUGAAAACCAGGGCAGAAGAAGAGCGCAAAGAAAAGAAAAACAAAAUAAUGCAAGCCAAGGAAGAUUUCAAGAAAAUGAUGGAAGAAGCAAAGAUUAAUCCUAGAACUACUUUUAGUGAAUUUGCAGCCAAGCAUGCUAAAGACUCACGAUUCAAAGCAAUUGAAAAAAUGAAAGAUCGGGAGGCCUUGUUUAAUGAGUUUAUCACAGCAGCACGAAAGAAGGAAAAAGAAGAUUCGAAGACCAGAGGAGAGAAGAUCAAAAUGGAUUUCUUUGAACUGUUAUCUAAUCAUCACUUGGACAGUCAGUCUCGCUGGAGCAAAGUGAAAGACAAAGUAGAGACUGACCCUCGCUACAAAGCUGUGGAUAGUUCUUCACUAAGGGAGGAUCUUUUUAAGCAGUACAUUGAAAAAAUAGCCAAAAACGUGGACUCAGAAAAAGAAAAAGAAUUGGAAAGACAGGCUCGCAUUGAGGCAAGUUUACGUGAACGAGAGAGAGAAGUUCAGAAAGCUCGUUCUGAACAGACAAAAGAGAUUGAUAGAGAACGGGAACAGCACAAACGGGAAGAGGCCAUCCAGAAUUUCAAAGCUCUCCUAUCUGAUAUGGUGCGAUCUUCAGAUGUGUCGUGGUCAGAUACCAGAAGGACACUACGAAAAGAUCAUCGGUGGGAAUCUGGCUCCCUUCUGGAAAGAGAAGAGAAGGAAAAACUAUUUAAUGAACACAUUGAGGCACUUACAAAGAAGAAGAAGGAGCAUUUCCGGCAACUUCUGGAUGAAACUUCAUCAAUUACCUUAACAUCAACAUGGAAAGAAGUAAAGAAAAUAAUUAAAGAAGAUCCCAGGUGUAUUAAAUUCUCUUCUAGUGACAGGAAAAAGCAAAGAGAGUUUGAAGAGUACAUCAGAGACAAAUAUAUUACAGCCAAAGCGGAUUUCAGAACGCUUUUGAAAGAGACCAAAUUUAUAACAUACAGAUCCAAAAAGUUGAUCCAGGAAUCUGACCAGCACCUGAAGGAUAUUGAAAAGAUACUACAGAAUGACAAACGUUAUCUGGUACUUGACUGUGUGCCCGAGGAGAGACGCAAACUCAUAGUGUCCUAUGUAGAUGACUUAGAUCGCAGAGGACCCCCUCCACCCCCCACAGCUUCAGAGCCUACAAGACGAACAACAAAAUAAUUGCAAAGUACUCUUAAACAAGAAUAUCUGUUAAGUCAAGAAGAUUGCAUGAACCGUCUAGCAGGUUUAAUCGUAUACAUUACCGUGAACCUAUUGCAGAACCAUCCACGGAGCAGAGAGAAAAGCAGCAUUUGUGAACAUAAAGCAGUCUCUAUAAAGAGAGAACAUUUGCAUUACUGAUGCUUUUUCUCUUUGUUGCAUGACUGACAAAUAUUCUAACCAUGCAGCUAUUUCCAGUGAUUUUUAGGUCCUAGAACAAUGCGAUAUCUGUGUACAAAGUGUGAAUGUUGGUAGCAUUUUGAGGCAUUCUCAGCAGUGUUACAUGUGAAAGCCUUGGGAUGAUUGAUAUUUGUGGUUUGAAGUUAAGAACGACAAAAAAACUGCAGAUGUCCUAAUGGGAGAGCCAAGGUCAGGCACUCUGAUGAUUAAACUAUUGACUGCUGAACACCGCAGUAAGAUUAUACCCCUUCAUGAGCCUGAAAAUACAGAUCCUAAUUCUGUACUCAAGUGUGGCCUUUCCUGUCUAUAAAUCAGGACGAACCCCAUUAGUGUCAGAUCCAGCAUGAGAGGAGAAUGAACCUUACAGUGACCAAAUUGAAUAAACACCAUUUGAUCUUGUUCACAGGCCUGCUUUAAUUCCCCGCUCUCCCUGUCCUCCCCAGUAGGCAAAAUCAAGUUGCUUCGCCCAGUAGUCUGCUAAUGUUUUUGCUGUAAAUUGGAAAUGCACAGGAAAAAAGUGUUUUUCCCAGGAUAGCACGGUUGUACAAAUACACUUUUAUUUACCAUAAAGUGAUUUCUACCAACUUCUGGAUUAGAAUAUGGAUUUCCCUUCUGGAUAUUUCUUGUAAACUAUAUUCCUGUUUUGAAUGUUAAACUUGUGUUUCUAAAGUUUAAUUUUGAAAUGUUGGGAUUGUUCAGUUUACGUAUUUGAACGACAAUAAACCAACCCUUUUUAUA